AGUCAUAUUAAUAGUGUUACUGCUAUAAUAACUCAACCUAAUGAGAUAAGAGAGGCUCUAUUUGAACUAGCAAGAGUAAGUGAUGAUGCUAAAACUAGGAGUGAAGCCGAGUCUUUGGCGACUAAUGAACUUGACAAUUUUGAGUUUUUGUUGGGUAUGACUAUAUGGCAUAAUAUAUUGAACAAAACAAAUUUGAUUAGCAAAAAAUUACAAUCUAAAGAUAUGCAAAUUGAUGUUGCAAUAGUUAUUUUGAAAGGUUUGAUUUCUUAUUUUGAAAAAUAUAGAGAGGAUGGUUUUCAAUCGGCCUUGACAUUAGCUAAGGAGCUUGCAUCUAAGAUGGAAAUUGAUCCUAUUUUUCCACCAAAACGUAUGAUUCGUAGGAAGAAACAAUUUGAUGAAAGUUGUCAAGAAGAGAUUCCAUUAUCUGAUGAGGAGUAUUUUAGGAUCAAUUAUUUUCUUGUUAUAGUGGAUAUUGCUAUUUUAUCUUUAAAGACUAGAUUUGAACAAUUGACAAUUUUUGAAGAUAUUUUUGGCUUUUUGUUUCCUCAUAUUGAUAAAUUGCGUAAGUGUUGUGUUAAGCUUCAAGAUGCCCUGAAACAUAAUGAUAAAUUUGACAUUGAUGCUGAAGAUUUAUAUUCUGAAUUGCAAGUGCUACAAAUGUGUUUACCAUCUGAAACAAAAUCGCUUGGUGAGUUUUUCAAAAUUAAAAUUGAUAAAAUCAUAUUUACGUUCUACUAUGUCUCAAGAAAGGUUGAAUGGAUUAGCGGUUUUAUGCAUUGAACAUGAGGUAUUAGAAAAACUUGAUCUUGAAGAAAUUAUUGAUGAUUUUGCUUCUCAAAAUGCUAGAAGAUCUAAGUUAUUUUUGUAAUUAUCUCAUA